AUGAAGCAAAAGAUCGUGAUCAGGCUGAGCAUGGCAAGCGACAAGUGCCGGUCCAAGGCCAUGGUGCUGGCAGCCAAAGCAGAUGGGGUGAGCAAGAUGGGAAUCACCGGCGACGGCAAGGACCAGCUGGAGGUGGAGGGCGACGGCAUCGACACCGUCUGCCUCGUCAACUGCCUGCGCAAGAAGAUCGGCCGCGCCGACAUCGUCAAGGUGGAGGAGGUGAAGCCCGAGGAGAAGAAGCCUGAGGAGAAGAAGCCCGAGGUCGUGCCGCUGCCGUACGACUGGUGGUACCCCAAUUUCUACCACUACCACCCGCAGUGGCAGUGGUGA